AUGAACCAAGAAUCAGUGAAACCCAAGAAGAAAUGUAAACCCCAGCCAUACUGGAUUUUCGCACUAGAAUAUCAGAAAAAACACCAUAUACCCGAUAUAGAAACCCUCAAAAUUGUAACCGACGAACCAUGGCGAAAGAUGACCGAAGAGGAAAGAAGACCAUACAGAGAGAAAGCCCGACAACAACGCGGCCAAAUCGAACCAGAACCAUGUCCUAGGAAGGACUGUCAACACAACGUGGAAGCACUAGAAAUACUCAAAAAGGCUAACGAAUCAUUACGACAGCAAUACUGGCAAUACAAAGAAAUAACAGAAAGAAAAAUCCUGAACCUCGAAAACAAAUCACUCCCUGAACCGACAGAAGAGGAAAUACGAAGACGAAAUCGCCUAACUCCAACAGCAUGGAGUCCAGCAGAAAUCGACUACCUCCACUCCUCGGAAGAUGACUCCAAGUGA